GUCACGGUAGGCGAAGGAGGUGAACCUGAGGGGAAGCAACAUGGAUCUUUUGUUUGAUGUCAACGUGAAGGGGCGGACUUCGCAGCCAGUGAAAUAAACACACGCUCCAGGGGCGACGCUUUCCCCCUCGCGGACAAACCCACACGUUGAGCCCUGUGUUUCAGAACAGACACGUAGAGGAACCCGGAUCUUUUUUUUUUUUUCUGUGGCAUGAUCACUCGCGCCUCAGUUUUUUUUAUUUAAAAAAAAAAAAAAAAAAAAACACAGGACUGACUGACUCUGUCCAUGACAACCUGGUGCCGCAAGCGAAAGGAGAAACGUCUGUGUUCAUAUCAUAUGGUCUCUCCGCGCUGCCGCCCUUCGCUCGCCGGCGUCUUCAGAAUAAAAGUGUCCGGUGUUUCAAUUUCAAGCAGACAUCUUGCGAGCGCUCGCGCUCUCUGACUGACCGCCGCGGCCCGGACUGAGUCAGUGACACUGAAAUAGAAAAUAUUAAAAACAGCGGCGGAGAUGGCGGGGGGCACCGUGAUGCGAUGGGUCAUAUCGGAAGAUGGCAGCCACUUGAUUCGAAGGGACGAGCUGGAGGAGGAGUUCCUUAAAGGUGUGGAAGACCAGUCUCACAGAGCAACAGCGAAACAGGAGGCCGCUGACCAGCCGGUUACGUCCCCAUUAUCACCCCCACCCUCCUCCUCGGUAUCGUCGCGAUCCACCUGCAGAAGAAAUGCUGUGCCUUUGCAGCUUCCCGUGUCGUACCCCUGCGCUUACUGUGACAUCUGCUUUACGGCCUCCCACUACUUGGAGAAGCACUUCAAACGCUCGCACAGGAAGCAGUACCUGGAGAUGCUACGCGUUCGAGAUGCCGCGCACAAGCUGCCGCUGCUCAGUCGCUCUGCCAGGACUCCCUCGAGCGCAGCUCUCCCUCCCAGGCCUUCGCUGAGACCUGCAAGGCCCAAGUCGGCUGCCGGUGGCCUCGAAGGCUCAGGACGCCCAUUAGCCGUCAGCUGUAACCCGACGCCAACCGAUAAACUCGCUAACUGUCGGCAGCAGGUACCUCGCGUGGCCAGAUCCAAGUUUUCUUCUGUGGUGUCUUCCAGGUGUUCCAAGACAGCAGUAGCACCACUCUCUAAGCAAGUAGCAGUCAAAGGCCUAGCCCAGUCCUGUCGCCCCCCUUCAGGAGCUCAGGAUGGGAGGAAAGCGGUGGGGAGAAGUGACCUUUCACCUUUCGGUCUCUGGGGGUGUAAAGAGACAGUGGGUGAGGAUGCAGAGGGACUGAAGGAGCUCCAUUGCCAGGAAGAUACUGUUUUUCUCUGCAACGAUUGCGGCCAAAGCUUCUCCUCGUUCUCCCUCCUCAACUCCCACCGGGACCAAGCCCAUAAGGGUCAGGGACGAGUGAAGGGUGGCACGGAGGAGGACGAUGAGGAGUAUGAGGAUGACGAGGAGGAGGAGGAGGAGGAGGAGGAGUUGGGAGAGACCUUGUACCUGUGUGCUGAGUGUGGCCUCAGCUUCCCUUGCCUGGAGCGGCUCCAGGAGCACCAGUCCCUCCACGAUCCCUCAUCGGCUGGGGGCGAGCAAGAGGGCCGCGAGGAGGAAGAGAAGGGGGACGAGGACUUGCCUUCACGGGUCGUCUCAGAAUCGCACACCUGCCCCAACUGCCACAAAGUCUUCAAAACCGCCCGCUACCUGAAGACGCACAUGAAGAUCCACAGCGGCCAGGUGCCGUACCACUGCGAUGAGUGCGACAAGCCCUUCACCCAGCUGGGCGACCUCAAGACUCACCGGCGCACGCACACCGGGGAGCGCCCCUACCAGUGCGCCCAGUGCGGCAAGUGCUUCGGCCGCUCGGGGACCCUCAAGAAGCACUGGCGCACCCAUACCGGAGAGACGCCCUACGUGUGCGACGUGUGCGGCAAGCAGUUCAACCAGCUGGGGGCGCUCAAGACGCACGAGCGCAUCCACACCGGGCUGCGGCCGUACUUCUGCUCCCGCUGCUCACAGCACUUCACCUACUCCUACCAGCUGAAACGGCACCGCUGCGUUCAUGCCGACAAGAGCUGAGAGGCCUCGCUCUCCGUACCGCGGUGGCGCGGUACUCUCAUGUAGAAUGUAGAUCCUCAGACACGAUCCGUAUGGAAUAUUAAUAACCAUAGUGAUACUGCUGACGCUAAAAGAAUUGGACCAGUAACGCUGCUGAAACCACAAGCCAGGGGACAAUGCUGACAUGCACGCCGGUGAAAGUCGGACCAUACUUUGCCGCCAUUUUACCGCUCCAGCUACACUAGCACUGAUAUUACAUUCUGUAUUGUCGUUUUUUAGCUUUAGUGGCACUGUGAGUACCCAUGUUUUACACUGUUAGUCGUCGUCAUUCUGAACCACUACUCUGCGAUGGACUGACGUUCUGUCCAGGGUGUACACCACCCCCGCUCUCUCCCCCCAAAGCCUUGCACUCAGUGAUUCCGGAAUAGGCUCCCGACCACCGCGAACUUGACCUGGACAAGCGCUUAAUGAUCGUUAGUGAGUGAGUUAAGUAAACCAAAAAAACAUGGUAAUUACACUGUAAAUUCAUAUGAUUGCU